AUGAGGGUGAACCAUUCAUUUACUCCAACUUCUGAUCUUCCUAGACUUGUUACUACCCCACUUCUAGAUGAAGUGACCCCAACAGACAUUCCUACUACUUCUACCGAACCAGCUCCAACUUCCACACCAGUCAUUGAACCAUCAAUUGAAGAAUUGACUACCUCCAGUGAACCAGAAACUACUUCAACUCCAGUUAUUGAUACUACUUCUGAAGAACCAACAACAGAAGAAACCACCAGUGAAGAAAUUACUACAGAAGAAACUACCACCGAAGAAACUAUCGCUGAAGAAACUACCAGUGAAGAAACCACCAGUGAAGAACCAACAACAGAAGAAGCCACUACUGAAGAAACUACUUCUGAAGAAACCACUACUGAAGAAACUACUUCUGAAGAAACCACUACUGAAGAAACUACCAGUGAAGAAACUACUACCGAAGAAACCACCAGUGAAGAAAUCACUACCGAAGAAACCACCAGUGAAGAAACCACCAGUGAAGAAACCACCAGUGAAGAAACCACUACCGAAGAAACUACCAGUGAAGAAACCACCAGUGAAGAAACUACUACUUCUACCGAGCAAGCUCCAUCCUCCAGUAAACAACCAACUUCAACUUCUCUUGCUGGUCCAUCCACUGUUGUCAACCCAACCACUACUUCAUUAUCACAAAUUACUUCAGUCUUAUCCACUUCAAUUACUGGAAACGGUGCUUGUACUCCUAUCUUCACCAGAACUACUCCAAUUGAAUUCUUGGAAACUGUUACUGUUGCUGAAACUCCAGUUGUUUAUACUCAAACAUCAAUUUCAACUUACUACGAAACCAACAGUGACUGUCCAUCUGAAGAAACCACUACUUCACUCUCCAACAACAGUGCCUGUACUCCAGUCUUUACCAGAACCACUCUAGUUGAAUUCUUUGAAACCUCUACCGUUGAUGAAACUCCAGUUGUUUAUACUCAAACAUCAAUUUCAACUUACUACGAAACCAACAGUGACUGUCCAUCUGAAGAAACCACUACUUCACUCUCCAACAACAGUGCCUGUACUCCAGUCUUUACCAGAACCACUCUAGUUGAAUUCUUUGAAACCUCUACCGUUGAUGAAACUCCAGUUGUUUAUACUCAAACAUCAAUUUCAACUUACUACGAAACCAACAGUGAUUGUCCACCAGAAAUUGUUACUAGUACAAAUGUUGUUACUUCUACUACUGAAGUUGUUAGUGAAAUAACCCUGGAAGGAACAACUUACUCAACCACAGAAACUGAAUAUUACUACAGUACUGAAAUUAUUACCACUUGUGAAGAAUGCUUACAUUCUGAAGUUUUUGAACAAUCAUCUUCCUCCGUUGCUGAAGUUUCCACUUGUGAUUUCCCAGAAGUUUUCAUUACUACUACCAUUCCAUCAACCAGUGAAUUUAUUUAUUCUACUACUUCAGAUGGUGAAGUUGUUGAAGCUACCAGUACUUUGACUAGUUAUGAAACUCAAACUUUUACUCAUUGUCCAUCAGAAGAAACUAGUGAAGUUAUUGAAUCCAAGACUUUGGUUACUUCCGUUGAAACUACUACUUUUGUCACUGAUUCCAUUGUCACUACUACUUUCAAAGAUUCUACUACUAAAUACACUACUAGAAUUACCAGUAUUGAAACCAUUGUUUUAUCUAGCUGCUCAGAAGAACCAUAUUACCCAGUUACUAUUCCACACGAAUCUCCUAUCUACUUAUCUGAAGGUGUAUCCAAUUCUUCUACUUCAGUUUCUGAACCAACAACUGCAUCUAGUUCUGCUUCUAAGGGAUCUACCAGUCUUGCUGCUGAAGCAACUUCUAGUAUUACUUCUAAUUCUUCAUCUUUGACUUCGGUUGCUAGUACUUCAGUUUCUAGUAGUCCAGUUUCUACUACUCCCGUCAAUAGUACUUCAGUUGCUAGUACUUCAGUUGCUAGUAGUCCAGUUUCCAGUAGUCCAGUUGCUAGUAGUCCAGUUUCUAAUACUUCAGUUGCCAGUACUUCUGUCACUUCUGUCACGUCUGUCACUUCUGAACAACAAGUACCAACCACAGCUUCUUCAAGUAUUAAAGAAUCUUCUGUUCCGGUUCCUAAGACUAUCCCACCUGCUGAACCACAAGAAGAAACUCCAUCAAGUACCGAAUCUUCAACUACUACUAUCACUUCCUACAGUACUAUAACCCUUUCUACUUCUACUUUUACUGGUACAUCUUCACCUGGUACUGAAGGUGUCGAAACUUACCCAGCUGACUCAACAUCUACUACUUCAAUUCCACCACCACCAGUUCCAAUUUAUGAAGGUGAUGCUCAUGAAUUAUCUACAGGUUACUCAUGGAUAAUUGGUAUGUUGUUUGGUUACAUGCUCAUUUAG